AUGGCAGAGCCAUCGCUGCGGGACAGACAGGGCUCAGAGAAGGAAGAUGCCGCAUCUUCCAUACGGGGAAUCGCCGCAGAGGUUAGCCAGCUGGAUAGCUACGGCUUUCACGCUAUGAAGCGCUUUCAAGCUACAAGAGACCAAGCGGACCUUGAGAAAGCGCUACUUGCCCUUCGCUAUGCCGUCGAUAUCACGUCCGAAGAGGACGCGAAGGUGUCGGCUCGACUGAACAAUCUUGCCAUGGCGCUCAAGGUCCGCUUCGAUCUCCUCGGCCAGAUUGAUGAUCUGGAGAGCACCAUAGACGCGCUCAGACGGGCAAUCAGCCUUAGUUCUGAAGAACAUAUGACCACUUCCUCCCUGAUCAUCCGACUAGGUGGGGCCUUGCACUUGCGUUUCACUCGCCUGGGUGACUUGAACGACCUGGAAGAAGCCGUAGCGGGUCUCCGGGCCGUUGUAGCCGACUUACCCGCCGGCCAUCCCAGCACACUGUUUCCACUCAGGAAUCUGUCGGUCCUCCUCAUGACACGCUACGAACGCCUUGCGAACCUGCAAGACCUCGAAGAAGCUCUUUCUUCUUUGAGAUCAGUCAAGGAGAUCCUCCCAGGCCGCGCCACUGGCGAUGUUACGCUUGCCAACAACCUCGGAAACGGUCUCUUACGCCGCUUCGAGGCGUUGCGCGAACCUCAAGAUCUCGCGAGUGCCAUUGAUAGUCUCACGGCUGCCGUGGAUCUUACACCCGACGGAGAAGCCGCCAAGUCGACAUUCCUGACCAAUCUGGGCUAUGCGUUUUAUUCGCGCUUCGAACUCUCUGGAGAACCUGACGAUCUCGAGAGAUCGAUUUCCCGCUGUCGUCGAGCAGCAGACCUCACACUUGACGGACAUAUAGACCCAGCGCGGCCUCUACGAUAUCUUGGAUUGGCAUUGUCCCAACGUUUUCAUCAAUCCGGGGACGCGGAAGACGCUCGAAGCGCCGUGGCGGCGCUAAGGCAAUCGAACCAUCUUGUACCCCACGACCAUCCAGAGAAGCCCGCGCACCUGCAUAACCUAGGCAUCGCUCUGCAAGAUACGUACCAGCACCUCAGUAACCUUUCGGAUCUGGAGGAGUCCUUGAACGUUCACCGUCUCUCAAUCAAGCUGACGGCUAAUGGUAGUCGAGAAGAACCGAUACGUCUCGAUGGUCUCGGCGUCGCCCUACAGCUCCAUUCAGAACGCUAUGGGGACACCGAUGACCUAGAGACUGCGCUCUCGUUGCACAGGAAGGCAGUCAGCCUCGAUCCUCGGUCCUCGAAUCUUCUUGAUCACCUGGGCACCGCGCUGAGGCGCAGAUACGAGCACUUCGGUGACCUGGAGAACCUGGAAGAGGCCAUUUCCAUUCUUCGAAGCGCUGUGGAGCACGACUCUCGCCACGUACCUCGUUACGUCAGCAACCUCGCAGGCGCUCUGCGGAGGCGUCAUGAGCGCCUCCGUGACCCAAAUGACAUGGAAAGUGCCAUCAGAGUCCUCCGUCGCGCACUCGAGUCGACAUCAGCCGGAGGGCUUGAGCAGCCGCAUCUUCUCAGGAGCCUGGGAAGCGCUCUUCUGAGCCGAUUCGAGCGUUUGCAUGUUCAGCAGGACGUCGAGGAAGCCGUAUCAUUGGGCUACCGUGCUGUGGACGCAACUCCAGACGCCCAUGGUGACAAAGCCAGCCGGCUCAAUGAGCUCGGGAUAGCAUUGAUCGCUCGCCACGAGCAUGGCAGAGAUCCAGAAGACAUCAUCAGCGCCAUCUCUAUUCUUGACCAGGCGAUCGAACUCACCGCAGACACACAUCCCAAUCGAUAUUCGCGCCUAAGCAAUCGCAGCUCUGCCUACAUAGAAUGGUUCCAGAUUACCGGCGACGUCCAUUGUCUCACUACAGCAGUUGAGGGGCUACGCGUUGCACUCGAGAUUACACCAGACAACCAUCCCGAUAAGCCGAGCGCCCUAUUCAACCUCGGGUUCCAGUUGCGAAGGCUGUUCUUAGCCACCGGGAUCCCGUCGUGCUUCAAUCAAGCCGUGGACAGCUUCAUGGCUGCUACUACGAGCAAACUGGGCGAUCCUCGAUGGCGCAUAGGGUCCGCCAAGUACUGCGUAGACAUGCUCUUGCAGCAUCCCGAGCUCACUACCACCGACUUCAUGCUACAGGCAUGUGAACGCAUGAUGUCGAUGUUCACUGAAGUUGUUUGGUUGGGCCACGACAUCAGCCGCCGAUACGAGGACUCUGGAACCGCGCCGGGUCUAGUCAGCAUCGCCGUGCACGUUGCCAUCGAGGCGCAUACGUUGUCGAAGGCGGUUGAAUGGCUUGAAGCGGGAAGGGGCCUCAUCUGGUCCCAGAUGUUGUCACUUCGUACCCCUCUCGAUGAGCUUGCACAAUACCAUCCAGCUCAUGCUGAAUCACUCGGCCAUGUUCUCGAGCAGCUGCGGGAGACAGUGCACACAUCCACGUCAACCAGUUCUGAGUUCGAUGCACUCGGUAUCAUUUCGAAUCGCGCGGCGGACCGCCAUCGAUCUCUUGUUCUCGAGUACGAGCGCAUCGUUAGCUCAGUGCAGAGCUUUGCGGGAUUCGAGACUUUCAUGCGCACGAAGAAGCUCUCGGACUUCAUCCCCUCGCUCAAACAUGCAGACGGUCCAUUCGUCUUCAUCAACGUCUACAUUUCAGAAUCUCACGCUCUCGCGCUCCUCCCAGACGGUAGCAUCAAGACCAUCACUUUGCCAGAGCUAUCUCUGAAGCGCGCAAAAGCGAUGCGUUUGAACUGGACUAAGUCUCUAGGUGGUCGCAUCAUACGCCAGCGCGCCGCUGUUCCCGUGGGCGGAGUGAACGUAAGAGGGGGUACAGAAGCCUUCAAGUUGAUCCUAAGUCGUCUAUGGGCAUGGGUUGUAUACCCGAUUCUGGAAGCCCUCGGAUAUAUAAAGCAAGAUUGCGCUUCAGGCCGUCUUCCGCACGUCACUUGGUGUCCCACCGGUCCUGUUGCUCAGCUUCCUCUCCAUGCCGCGGGCCUGUAUACAGCGACCCAAUCACCCACUCCACGGAUCUACGACUAUGUAGUCUCAUCAUAUGCUCCAUCCCUUUCUGCGCUGGCGCGGUGCCUGGACGGCCUAACCAAAGAACAUGGCGAGCCAACUGUCCUGAUUGUAACGCAGCAGAAGACGCCUGGAUUACCUCAUUUGCCCGGCACCGCCGUAGAAGGCUCUCGCUUACAGGAGGUCUUACUCGAAUCCGGUAUUCAAAACACGGCACUAAGCGACACCGAGGCAACAGUGGAAGCAGUCAACGCUGUCCUCUCACGGCACUCGUGGGCGCAUUUCGCUUGUCACGGUUCACAACACCCAGGCGAUCCCACGAAGAAAAGCGCCGAGCUCGCUUUUCUCUCCGCGUGUCAAACCGCGACCGGCGACGAACAGAUACCCGAAGAGUCUGCCCACCUCGCGGCGGGCAUGCUCGCUGUCGGGUUCAAGGGCGUCAUUGCUACCUUAUGGUCCAUCGGAGAUCAAGAAGCGCCCAUAGUUGUAGAAGAAUACUACAAGAAGCUCCUGGAAAUGCGCAGGGAUGGGCGGGGCUAUCACAAGGGGACGGGCGCCGCGUACGCUCUACAUGAUGCGGUCAAGCGCUUGAGGAACGAAGUCGGAGAGAGCAGCUUUGUAAAAUGGGCUCCAUUUGUACACUUCGGCGCGUGA